AUGGCAAGUGCUAUACUCGAACUUGAUAAUGAUAACAAUACGAGAAAAUUAGGUAAACGAAUUUUUAUACCGGCUAUUGGUUCUUUAGGAGAUGUCAAACCAUAUUUAAUUCUUGCCAAAGAACUUAAAAAACAAGGUCAUAUUGUAUGGCUUGGUGUACACAAACGUUUUGAAGAGCAAAUAAAAGAAGAUGGUAUUGAUACAGUUGAAAUUGGUGGUGACAUGGAAAUAAUUUUAUCUACAACGCCUGAUGGUAUUGAACUUCAACGAAAUCCAAGUGUUUUUAAAAUGGGUUUAGUUAAACGUGUCUUUUUACCGUUAAUGGAAGAAUGGUUUAAUGGCAUUGUAUCUGGUUUAAAAGAUGCUGAUUUAAUUGUUUUAUCAGUAACAUCUGUUAUAGCUGGAUUAAGUUGUAUUGAAAAAUAUCCAAACACGAAAGCUAUUGGAAUAUAUACAUAUCCUUGUACACGUACAAAUCAAUUUGCUCCACCUGCUUUAGGUGGACAAAGUGAAAGUUUAUUUAAUUGGAUUAACUCAUUUAAAUGGAAAAUGUUUGAAUUCGGUGCAUCAACUAUGUAUAAUGAUAAAAUAAAUCAACUUCGUACUAAUAUUAAUUUACCACCAAUUAAAUUAAAUUAUGAUGCAAUGAUAAAAUCCAUUUUUGAAAGACCAAUGUUAACUGCAACGAUUUAUUCAAAAUAUUUACUUCCACGACCAAAUGAUUGGUCUGAAAAUGAAUUUAUGGUUGGUCCAAUUAUUGAAGAAGAAAAUGAUGAUUUUCAACCAUCAAAUGAUCUAUGUGAUUUUUUAAAUAAAUGGAAAAAUGAAAAGAUAAUUUAUGUUGGUAUUGGAUCGAUGAUGAGUAUUAUGUUCAGUAUAGAUAAACAAUCACAAUUUUUAACAAAUAUUCAAAUGGCUAUUCGAAAUACUAAUUCUAAAGCAAUUAUAUCAUUAGUUGGUUUUCAAAAUAUUGAUGAAAAUAAAUUAUUUGAUAAUGAAAACAUAUUCUAUUUAAAACAAAAUAUUUCACAUGCAUGGUUAUUUCCAAAAAUGUCUUUAGCUAUUCAUCAUGGAGGUGCUGGUACUACUCAUACAAGUUUACGAUAUGGAUUACCAACAUUAAUAUUACCUUUUGGAGCUGAUCAACCAUUUAAUGGUGAUAGAGUAUUUAUUAAUAAAUUAGGACCAAAACCUAUUCCCAUACGUCAAAUGAAUGUUAAAAACUUAGGCAAUGCUAUUCAGGACAUUGUCAAUAAUUAUACAAUCUAUAGAAAUAAUACUGAAAAAAUUAGUCAAUUAAUUAAAGAUGAGAAUGGACUUGUUCAUUGUAUUCAACUUAUUGAGAAAGAGUUAGCAGCAUGA